AUGUUCUCAGAGUCGACGCUUGUAAACACUAUCUUGCUUGGGCCUCUCUCCAUCCUUGGAGGUGUUGCUUUUGGAGUGAUUUGGGGUACUAUAUGCAGCUGCAUACCAGAGAAGACUGAUCCUUUCGUGGGUCCUUUACGAGUCCUUAUGUUGCUUGUAGGUGGUAUGUUAGCUGUCUUCGCUAGCGAAAUGUUUGGCUAUGGUGGCGCUGGACCAUUGGGAUGUGUUAUUGCUUCAUUUGUGGCACUGUCGUACUGGACAAAACAGGGUUGGCACAUAGAAGACAACCCCGCAGCAACAGCCUUCGAAAUCUUCUGGCGAAUCUGUCAACCGAUCCUGUUCAGCAUAGCAGGAGCCAGAAUCAAGUUCCAAGAACUGGACACCAAUGUUGUUCUGACCGGAUGCACGGUAGUGAUCGUGGGGGUUUUGGUCAGAUUGGCUGCUACAACGGUUGUGGGUAUUGGAUGUAAGCUGAAUUUGAAGGAGAAGGUGUUUGUUGGUAUAGCAUGGAUGUGCAAGGCUAUCGUACAGGCAGCUUUGGGACCUGUAGCCUUGAGCAUGGUGCCUCACGAUUCAGAAGAAUACAUACACGCAGAAAAAGUCCUGACCACUUGCGUGCUGUCUAUCAUCAUCACUGUACCAACAGGAGCUCUCCUCACUACCAUCCUUGGUUCAAGAUUCCUUACCAAGACCAAACAGCCCAAAAUGACAACGUUAGAGAUAAAAAGAAGGUAUAGUCGAAGACCGUCCAUUAGAGACAUCAGCAUCAUCGAGGAGGAUGAAGAAGAUUCUCAAGAAGGCGAAAUCAAAGAGAAACUGAAUGACGUCAAAGAGGAAGAAGUUGUGUAGACUAAAUUUAAAAUAGGUGGUUGAUUAUACACGUAGCCUUGGUUUCUAGUUUUACUCGAAAAACAAGUCAUCCUUGAAUGACGCUGAAGACGCCAAGGGAAAAAUAAAGAUUUCCGUUAAAGAAUUUUCAAGCUUGUUUCACGUGUACAGAGAAAAUCCCUAUGUUUAGUGAAACGUUUUCUGUUUUCUGCUUACACAUACCUAAAGAUGCCGUUAGUUUUACCAUUGUUUUUUUUGUUAUUGAGAAUAGUAGUAAUGUAGGAUCUCUGUGUGAUAUAAACAUAAAAUCUAACAUUAGAUUAUUUUGUGAUUUACCCAAUUUAGUACUACUCCGUACAUACUUUUUUUUGAUCGUGGCUUAAUCUGAGCAUUUUUCAUCUGACAUCUGAUAAUUAUUUCAUUAUUUGAUGAGGUGCUGGUAUGAUUGUACGUCAAAUAGUAUUGAAUAGUUAUAUCCAUAAUUUUGUAUAGUCAUAUCUUACUAAUACCUUUUUCAAGUAUUCCGUUAGUAACUGUUAGAUUAAAAGAAAC